UACACUCACAAGUUGACGCGACUGAAUAAUUCCAAUUACAGUCAAACAUUCAGAAAUCACAACUCAAGAGUAUGUUUGUUCCUCCUCAACCCCACAUCUUCGAUCUGGGUUUCUCUCUUUCAAUCCUCCAAGCUCAUCUUCUUCAAACCCACUAGAAAAAGUCUCCACCUUUACUAAUAAUGGGUUGCUUCAGCAGUAAACACCGGGAAACUCAAAACGACGGCGGAGAAAGAUCAUUUCCGAUCAGUCCGGCACAAACCCAUGUCGUUAAUCAAGUUCCUGAGCAAUCUAAACCUCAAACCCCAACACGCAAACCCACAAAUCAACAGAUUCCAACACCGUCAGCGAACCCAAUCUCAGCUCGAGGUCUAGAUACCAUAUUAGGUAAACCAUUCGAAGACAUCAGGAAAGUUUACAGCUUGGGAAAAGAACUGGGUCAAGGUUAUUUUGCGACUACGUAUAUGUGCACAGAGAUUUCGACUGGGAACACUUACGCUUGCAAAUCGAUUCUUAAGAGUAACCUAAUCAGUCAGAUAUACGAAGAGGAUGUGAAGAGAGAGAUUCAGAUAAUGCAGCAUUUGUCUGGACAACCAAAUAUAGUUGAGAUCAAAGGUGCUUAUGAGGAUAGACAAUGUGUACAUUUGGUUAUGGAGCUGUGUGCUGGUGGUGAGUUGUUUGAUAGGAUUAUAGCUAAGGGUCAUUACUCUGAGAGAGCUGCUGCUGGUAUCAUGAAGUCAAUUAUGAAUGUUGUUCAGAUUUGUCAUUCUAUGGGUGUGGUUCAUCGAGAUCUCAAGCCUGAGAAUUUCUUGCUCUCGAGUAAAGAGGAGAAUGCCGUGCUUAAAGUUACUGAUUUUGGGUUGUCCGAGUUCAUUGAAGAAGGAAAAGUUUACCGGGAUAUAGUUGGGAGUCCUUUCUACAUUGCUCCUGAAGUAUUAAGGCGGAGUUACGGGAAAGAAGUGGACAUUUGGAGUGCUGGUGUUAUUUUAUACAUCCUACUCAGUGGUGUACCUCCUUUUUGGGCCGAAAAUGAUAAAGGAAUAUCCAUUGAGAUUAUGAAAGGUGAGACAAAUUUUAAACGCCAACCAUGGCCUUCAAUAUCUGAGAGCGCGAAAGAUCUUGUUAGAAAGAUGCUAACCAACGACCCAAAGAGACGGAUCACUGCUGCACAGGUUCUUGAACAUCCUUGGAUCAAAGGGGAAGAAGCAUCGGACAAGCCUAUUGAUAGCACUGUUUUAUCUCGUAUGAAGCAAUUCCGAGCAAUGAAUAAACUUAAGAAGCUAGCUCUAAAGGUUAUUGCAGAGAGUCUAUCAGAAGAGGAGAUCAAAUGUCUUAAAACCGUGCUUGCCAAUAUGGAUACCGACAGAAGUGGGACAAUCACUUAUGAAGAACUCAAAACUGGGCUAACUAGACUUGGGUCUAGAAUCUCUGAAACUGAUCUAAAGCAACUCAUGGAAGCAGCUGAUGUCGAUGGUAAUGGAACAAUCGAUUACUACGAGUUUAUCUCUGCUACAAUGCAAAGAUACAAAUUAGAUCGAGAUGAGCAAGUGUACAAAGCAUUCCAACACUUUGAUAAAGACAACAAUGGGUACAUAACUAGGGAUGAGUUGGAAUGUGCCAUGACGGAAUAUGGAAUGGGAGAUGAAGCUAGCGGCAAAGAAAUUAUAUCCGGAGUUGAUACAGACAAUGAUGGAAGAAUAAACUUUGAGGAGUUUCGUGCGAUAAUGAGAAGUGGCACCACACAACCACAAAGGAAAGAAUACACAAAGUCACUUGUAGAGCUGUGAUUAAAAGAAAAAAAAUGUAUAGGCGAUAUCAUUCAUUCUGGAAAUUUCUAAUGAAAAAAAUCUUCUUCUCCUUCAUCUCCUGUCUCUUUCGAAAGCUUGGUUCAUUGUUUUGCUUGAGAUUGAUUCUCUGUUGGGUGAGCUAGGAAUUUGUGUGUUUUGUGAACAUUAUUAUGUCGUUCUUGAGAAAUUGCAAUUAAGGCCUCUUUGUCUCUU